UAUUAUUAUACAUCAUAAUUGUGCAUGCUACAUGAAAAGUACCGCUAAAAAUUAACUGCAAAAUCAAUUAAGUUAUAGUGAAAUUGUAAUUAAAAAAGUCAUAAUGAGUAAAAUUUGUUGUAUAUGUUCAAAAACAGAUUGUUCGUACAAAUGUCCCACGUGCAAAGUGCCCUAUUGUUCUGUAGGUUGCUACAAGGGGCACAAAGAAAGUAAUUGUCAACCAGAGGACCCUAAGCAACACAAUGGUAAUGAAGAUGAAAUCACAUACGACUUUCCUACAGAAGAUACUGUUCCCAUUGAGAAACUAGAACAAUUGCGUUACAGUGAAGAAUUGAAAAAUUGUUUAAGGAAUCCUCAUGUACGUGAUAUCAUGCGUGCAAUUUUGACAGACAAGAAUCCAACAAAGGUCAUUGCUUUGGCAAUGACCGAACCAAUAUUUGUGGAAAUGGCAGAUGCAUGUUUAAAAGUUGUAGAACCUCCAGUUGACGAUCAACCAUGUUGAUGUACAUAGAACUAUGUAAUGGUGGACCAAAGUUAGAUCAUUGUUAUAUACUGUGAUGUUAUUGAUGGUAUGCUGUUAAAAAAGUAUGAGCCAUAAAUCAUGUUUUAUAGUA